ACUGUUCUGAUACACCUGAGUGAAUUCUUCGGGAAAGGCCUGCUGGACUAGUAAACACCUUCGAUCGACCAUUUGUCCGGUGCCAUUGUGUAAUUAGUGGAUGAGUUUUUUUUUUGACAAGGCAAUCUUUUUGGAUUUAUGCAAAUCGACUUGGAAAAGCAUCUGAGAUAAGAUUUCCAAGGCAAUAUAAUGAAUCAAGAGAGAUGAGUAAGAUCAAGGGAAUGCAGAGGUUUUUGACGGCUUUUUUGUGAAAAGGUAAUCUAAGUGCUAUCCAGUUUGCAAUAUGUUUUUGUUUCAAGUUAGGUUUCUUUUUUUAACUUUUUAAUGUUUUGAACAGGUUGUAAAAUAAAAAAUUAAAACUGACUGGUUGUUUUUUAUUGACCUGACCUAAUGUUCUUUUCAAACAGAAUUGGCUGAAGUUAUAUCUCUGCUAACCCCACAUGUGUCCAACAAUGUUUUUUUCAUUCAAAUUCUAAGUCGAAGAUUGUUUUAUGUAUGUUUCUUUGGGGGGGGGGGGGGUGAAGGGAUACACCCUACACAAGGGGGGCAUGCCAAAAAGUUUGAGAACCUUUGAGAACUUGUUACAGGAUGGGGAUGGAGUCAAGUCAACAAUUUAGGUCAGAGGGGUUCGGCUAACCAAAAAGUUUGACAACCCCUAGAAUAAUAUAAUGUACAUUAUAAAAGUCUUGAAAAAAGAAAUGUCUAUGAAAGUCCCCACAAUGUAUAGAAACCGCGUGUGUGUGUUUGCGCGCGCGUGCGGGUGUGUGUGUAUGUGAUCUUUGUGUACCCAGUUGUGUGAAGCACACAGAUUUUUUUCAGAUCUAGAGGAGAUUAGACUUGAGGAGAAUGACGUCACCUGCAAAACGAGCUUAGUUCUCAUCAACUGUGAAAACACACCGCACGCACACACACAAAAAGUUCACACUAUAACACAUGCUCACUAAAUUUACCCUUUGCUUAGAUAUUUUAACCCACUACAGGCAUUUGCUUUAGUUUUAUGACGGAUGUAUGAGAUUACAUGGAGCUUCAUCACAGUGGGCCCCUCAUAAGGACAUUUAAUGACUGAAGAUCUUUAAAACAAAGGAAGUCAUAUACUUUACAUCUGAUAUGGCAUGAGGUGAGUGAAUGAAGGACGAUGGCAUCGUCUCAUCUUCAGGAGACGCAGGUACAAGAUGCUCCAGACCAGAUGGACAGCUCUUCUCCUCACACAGGAGUCAAUGUUGAGAUGAAAGCUGACAGAAGUGCAUCUGUAAUUGUUCCUGUUUUUAACAACAGCAACAUAUCAGGAUCAGUACACAUCAACUAUGGCCCAAACCCUACAGACUCUCAAGACUUUUCAAAGAGAUCAGGAAAACACACAGUUAAAAAAGAUAAUUUAAUGCUGUCCCUUUUUUUGAAAAGUCACAAAUCCAAGAUGAGAGAGAAAGCAGAACAUAUUUUUGAUGUCAAAAAGGAAGAAGAAACAUAUCUGAAAGAUGUUUACACAGAGCUCUUUAUCACAGAAGGUGAUAUUAAAGGAGUCAAUGAAGAACAUGAGAUUCUGCAGAUUGAUGAAGCUUUCAAGAAUAAAAAACAACAGGACAGACCAAUCCACUGCAAUGAUAUAUUCAAUUCACUGAGACAAAGAACGACAAAUAAAAAGAUUGUAUUGACCAAAGGCAUCGCUGGCAUUGGAAAAACUGUCUCUGUACACAAGUUCAUCCUGGACUGGGCUGAAGGAAAAGCAAAUCAAGAUAUAGAUGCCAUGUUCCUGCUUCCAUUUCGAGAGAUUAAUUUGAUUAAAGAUGAUAAGUUCAGUCUUCAACAGUUUCUGAGUAAAUUUCAUCUUGAACUGAAAGAUAUCAAUAUAACAAAUCUAUAUAAGAAGUGUAAUCUUGCUUUUAUCUUCGAUGGACUUGAUGAGAGUCGAUUGCCUUUAAAUUUUAAAAGCACAAUACAGAAUGAUGUUGAGGAAAGAUCAUCAGUAGAUGAAUUGUUCACAAAUCUGGUGAAAGGUCAUCUGCUUCCUUCAGCUCUUGUCUGGGUGACCUCACGACCAGCAGCAGCCAAUCAAAUCCCUUCAGAGUUUGUAGGUUUGUUCACAGAGGUGCGAGGAUUCACUGAUCAACAGAAGGAAGAGUACUUCAGAAAGAGAAUAUCAGAUGAGUCUCAAGCCUCCAGAAUUAUCUCACACAUCAAAACAUCUCGUAGUCUUUACAUCAUGUGCCACAUUCCUGUCUUCUGUUGGAUUACAGCUAUUGUUCUUCUGAAAACUCUCACUGAGAACAAGACUGAGGAGAUUCCCUCAACACUCACUGAAAUGUACAUUCACUUCCUUAUAAUACAGAUGAACAUGAAGAACAGGAAACAUGAUGAAGACAUUGAAAGAAACUAUGCAAAGCUGUUGGAUUCAAAUAAAACAAAGAUUUUAAAAUGGGCCAAGCUAGCUUUUGAACAGCUAAAGAAGGGAAACACAAUGUUUUAUGAGAAAGAGCUGAAAAAGUGUGAUAUUGAUGUAAAUGAAGACACACCUGAGUCCACAGGAAUGCUCACUGAGAUCUUUAAGAAAGAAGCUGGACUUCAUGAGAUGAAGGUCUUCUGUUUUGUACAUCUGAGUGUUCAAGAGUUCCUCGCUGCACUACAUGUGUUCAUGAGCUACCUGAACAAGAACCUGGAGGAGCUUCAGUUUUUCUACAAUCAUGAAAUUCAGUUCUUCUUUAAAAAGUUUCUUCACAAAGUUACUCUGCAUGACUUACUGAAGAAUGCUGUUGAUAAAGCGAUGAAAAGUAAGAGAGGACAUUUUGACCUUUUCUUGAGGUUUUUGUUGGGCAUUUCAUUGGAAUCCAAUCAGAAACUGCUGAACGGUCUGUUUAAUGUCACUGUGAACAGCACAGAGAGCAUCACAAAAGUUAAAGAGCACAUUAAACAAUUACAAAACCACAACAUCCCAGCUGAAACUUCAGUUAAUCUAUAUUACUGCCUACUUGAGCUAAAAGACAAAUCAUUACAUGAGGAAAUCCAGCGAUACCUGAGUUUAGGUGAUCAUUCAGGAAGAGAACUCUCAGCUUCAAUGUGUUCAGUGUUGACCUACAUACUGCUGAUGUCAGAUGAGGUGAUGGAUGAGUUCGACAUAAAGAUGUACAAAACAUCACCUGCAAACUACAUGAGACUGAUCCCAGCUGUGAGAUGCUGCAGAAAAGCUAAUUUGAAAGCCUGUGAUCUCACUGCUGAGUGCUGUGAAAGUUUAUCAUCAGCUCUACAAUCAUCAAACUCUCAUCUGAUAGAGCUGGACCUGAGUCACAAUACCCUGAUUCAGGAUUCAGGAGUGAAGCUGAUCUCUGAUGGACUGAAGAGCCCAAACUGUAAACUGCAGAUACUGAGAUUAUCUCGCUGUAAGGUGACAGAAGAAGGCUUUUCUUAUCUGGUUUCAGCUAUGAGGUCAAACCCAUUACACCUAAGAGAGCUGGAUCUGACCUUCACUGCCAUGGGAGUCUCAGGAGGGAAGCUGCUCUCUGAUCUACUUAAAGAUCCACAUUGCAGACUGAAGAAACUCAGUUUGGCAGCCUGUGAUCUCACUAUUGAGAGCUGUAAAGGUUUAUCAUCAGCUCUACAAUCAUCAAACUCUCCUCUGAUAGAUCUGGACCUGAGUUACAAUGACCUGCAGGAUUCAGGAGUGAAGCUGAUCUCUGAUGGACUAAAGAGCCCAAACUGUGAACUACAGAUAUUAAGAUUAUCUGAUUGUAAUGUGAAAGAGGAAGGCGUUUCUUAUCUGACUUCAGCUCUAAAGUCAAAUCCAUCACACAUAAGAGAUCUGGAUCUGAGACAUAAUCACCCAGAAGUCUCGGGAUUGAAGGUGCUCUCUGAUCUACUGGAAGAUCCAAACUGCAGAAUGGAAACACUUGGAUUGGAACGCUGUAAUCUCAAUGCUGAGUGCUGUGAAAGUUUAUCAUCAGCUCUACAAUCAUCAAACUCUAAUCUGAUAGAUCUGGACCUGAGUUACAAUAACCUGAUUCAGGAUUCAGGAGUGAAGCUGAUCUCUGAUGGACUGAAGAGCCCAAACUGUAAACUGCAGAUACUGAGAUUAUGUGACUGUAAGGUGACAGAAGAAGGCAUUUCUUAUCUGGCUUCAGCUCUGAGGUCGAACCCAUCACACAUAAGAGAUCUGGAUCUGAGCUACAGUCGCCCAGGAGUUUCAGGAGUGAAGUUGCUCUCUGAUCUACUGAAAGAUCCAAACUGUAAACUGGAGACGCUAAGAUUGACAGGCUGUAAACUCACUGUUGAGUGCUGUGAAAGUUUAUCAUCAGCUCUACAAUCAUCAAACUCUCAUCUGAUAGAGCUGAACCUGAGUCACAAUAACCUGAUUCAGGAUUUAGGAGUAAAGGUGAUCUCUGAUGGACUGAAGAGCCCAAACUGUAAACUGGAGAUAUUGAGAUUGUUUGGCUGUGGGGUGACAGAGAAAGGAUUGUGUUAUUUGUCUUCAGCGAACCCCUCACACCUACGAGAGUUGGAUCUGAGCCACAGUUUCAAAGGAGUCUUAGGGUUGAAGAAACUUUUUGAUCUUGCAAAAGAUCCAAACUUCAGACUGGAGAAUCUUGAUGAUGUUGAGCAAUAAGUGGCCCUGUCCCAAAUGGCGCACUUUAUGUGGACUUUCAGUCUUGUGGCCUUAAAUUGCGCAUGCUUGUUUAGUCUACAAGUCUGUGGGGUGUCCCAUCUGUCAUUUUGAUGCUUUUAAGUGUGCUUAUCAACGCCUCCUUUGACCCCUUGAUGCGGUCUUCAGCGAAUGGCAUAGCGGCUUAAUAAAAAUUUUGGUUUCUGGCACAAUAAUAUGUUUUUCCCCACAUAUUCCUUUCAAUGAGGAGAUAGUGAGAAAGAUGGGGAUACAUUUAGAUUUAUUACUUACAAAUUUUACAUUCACACAUAUUUAUGAGGAUUACAUGAAUGAAGCCCAUUUUGUUUUCUAAUGUUUGUUGUACAGUACAUGUAAACAUGCAAAUGUUGGCAACAAUAAAGACCUUAAAAAUAAAGACCUGCCCAUAUGGAGCCAGUGUGGGUUUUCUGUGGGCAUGGUAACAGUGGGUUGGCUCGCGAACAACCCUUAUAUAGGGGCCACAAGGGAAAAACCGCUCAAGGGCCACUUGGAGUUUAAUGUGGGUUUGUUCUGUCCCACAGGAGCAUGUUUGCUGGGAUAGCUACCAUGUGUCCAAACAUUUUACUGCAGACCUGAAAAUGUAUUUACGGGUCACAGUUUUGGGCGUACUUGUGAGGUCUGAUUCUCUCUUAUUAUGUUUUGUUUUAAAACUAAUAUUUUUCCACUGUGUUUAUAACAAAAUGCUAUAAAAAAUUACAUAUAAGACAGGUUGCACUACUGUUGUUUCUCUGCCAUAACAAACAUUCCUUAAUCACAGACAGGGAUUAGACUAGUCCUAUAUUAAAAGAAAUGUAAGAGCUGUCCAAACUGAAAACAACUUGCACUGACAUAUUUUAAAAUGCAUUAGUGUUUGCCUCAAAAUGCACAACAUGUUUUUAGUAAGGUAUGUUUGUUAAAACUAGUUAUAUUUUCUAUUAAAACUAAGGCCUAGUCCUGGUUUAAGCUAAUCCCUGUCUGGGAAACCACACCAUAAGGUUUUAACAGCCAAAAAGAAACUUAACAAGGUAAGAGUCAAGUCCAACUAAAACAAACAUGGAUCGCCAUAAUGGUGACUUUAAAUGAAACAGCCAACAAACUCUACAAGAUGUAAAAUGCAACUUUAAGUUUUAAACAGAGACGUUGAUAGAGAAGGUAAAGUUACAGAUUCCAGCUUAUAACUCUGCUUCAGAGUUACUUUCAAUGAUCUGUAAGAUUGGGACAAUAUUUACACCCAGCAGUCAGUGUUCAUUUAACUCUGGGGG